CCAACCCAUUUUGCAUCGCCGAAUGGGUUGUCUCGAACAAUACCAGUGCGGCGGCUAAACCGGCAUUUUGCAUCGCCGAAUGGGUUGUCUCGAACAAUACCAGUGCGGCGGCUAAACCCAUGCUGCAACUCUUAGCCAUGCCUGCUUCUCUGUGCAACCUCCUCUCCUUCUUGCCCUCCCUUCCCCUCUCCGCAAAAAAGGAACCAUCUUUUUCUCCUCCUCCUCCUGCUACUACCGAUCUCCCAUGGCGGAGACUCGCGAGGAACAGAGAGAAUGGAUCCCUCCUUGUUCUCCAUUCUCCCACGGAGGCAGCGCCGGGGAGUGGAGUUUUGAGGAGCUGCUUCCCUUCUUUGGCUUGGGCCAACGUGAUGUUCGCCAAUGGGGGCUACUAUAACGUCCAGGUAGUGGUGGGGGAGGACGAGCCGGAGGAGGUGCUUCUACGGAGGUUCCGGCGAGAGGUGAUGAAGGCUGGGGUUAUCCAGGAGUGCAAGCGGCGCAGAUGGUUCGAGAACACCCGGGAGAAGGGGAAGCGCAAGGCCCGGGAGGCCUCCCGGAGGAACCAAAAGAGACGUUUUCAGCCAAAAUCUCCCCUCAAAGAUAAGCAAGUAGACCCAAUGAAAAAUAUAGAAGAGGAAGAAGACAAUUGGGAGCUUCCUGAAGGAGAGCUUCCCUAUUGAAUUGGAGCCACAUAUCCCUAUUUUUUGGCAGGAGACCGUGCAGUGUCUACACCUCUGAUGGAUCUGAUCUCUAUGCUGCACAAUUUUGUAAGUUUGAAGUCCAAUCCCAUUGUUGUAAUGGAGGUCCAAUCUUUUCAAGUUUGGUCACUAUCUCAUGUGUUCAUGAUUUAUUUGUUUGUUUGCUUUGAAGAACCAUUCUACCUUGUUCCUUUUUUCUAAAGACUGACAUAAAACAGUGUUACUUUGCCCAUGUUUUUGCAUGAUUUACUCGUAAUGGAAUCUAUGCUCUCCAAAUCAAGGGCUUCUUUCUCCAA